AACAUAUAUUUAUCCUUCUCUUUCAAGAUCAAGACACCAAUCCAAUUUUGCCUUUAGUCUCACUAGUGAAGAAACAGAGUCAAGCUACUAAAAAGGGAUGGAUAAACUUCUUUCAAAUGGGUUCAAUAACGGAUCUGUCCCUGAAGACUACAUAUUUCCACCAGAAUUAAGACCUGGAAACCACAAAAUCCCCUUCAGCAACAUCCCAGUGAUUGAUCUUGAUGAAGCACAGAAUGGUGAUCAUAGAACUAACACAAUUAAAAAAAUUAUCAAGGCUUCUGAGGAGUUUGGAUUCUUUCAGGUUAUCAAUCAUGGAAUCUCGGUGAAUCAAAUGAAUGAAGUAAGGAGUGUUUUGAAGGAGUUAUUUGAGAUGCCAGCUGAGGAAAAACAAAAACUGUAUUCAGAUGAUCCUUUGAAAGCAUGCAGGAUGUAUACUAGCACUAUCAAUUAUGCAACUGAAAACGUUCAUCGGUGGAGGGACAAUUUUUUGCACCCAUGUCAUCCUUUGGAGCAGUGGCAACACCUAUGGCCUCAAAAUCCAACUAGAUACAGAGAGUGUGUUGGAGCGUGUUCAAUUGAAGUUAAAAAGUUGGCAUCGAGGAUCUUGAGUUUGAUUAGUGAAGGGCUUGGUCUCAAGAAUGGAUAUUUUGAGAACGAUCUCACUGAAUCAAUGCUUUUGAAUGUUAAUCAUUAUCCACCAUGCCCUGAACCCAGUUUGACACUGGGAAUAACUAAGCACUCAGAUCCAAAUCUCAUAACCAUUUUACUCCAAGAUCAUGUUUGUGGACUUCAAAUAUUCAAGGAUGGAAAGUGGACCACUGUUGAGCCUAUUCCUAAUGCAUUUGUGGUAAACAUAGGCUGCCAGUUGCAGGUAAUCAGUAAUGGGAAGCUACAAAGUGCUGCACACAGGGCUGUGACAAAUUCAAGUGAUGCUCGCACCUCUGCUGCAUUCUUGGUAGGUCCUUCAAAUGACUGUAUCGUAGGGCCAGCAGAAGCUCUCAUUGAUGAACAUCACCCUCCCAUUUUUAGGUCUUUCAAAUACAAGGAGUUCCUCUAUUACUACCGUGCCAAACUUGAUGAUAUGGGAGUGGUGCUGAAAUCAUUUGAAGCACAAAAGAGUUAAGUGAAAUGUUGAAAACAAAAGUGUUUGUGUCUACAAGUGAGUGACAAGUCCUACCUUAAAUAGAAAUGUGUGUAUUCAGUAACAUAAAUAAAAAAACUUGCAAAACCGAAUAAUGUUUUCAAAAUGUAUAUGUCAAGUUUACUUAUCUUUAUCAUGAUGUAAUGAUGAGAAACCUUCAUCUUUCUAAUUGUUUGGCUUCACUUAAGUUC